AUGAAUAGCAAGGAAUGCUUGCUGAUAUUUUUCUUAUGCUGUGUCACAUUCGAAUUUGUUCAUGUACGGUCAGUAUCUGAAACCGAGAAAGAAGAGCAACGUCAUCAAAUCAAUGCUGAUCCAAUUCUGAUUGAAGUUAAUUGGGCAGCUCAUGAUUAUGACCUUCAUACAAUUCCUUCUUUACAAAUUGUUACAAAUCCUCUUGUAUCGCGUCAAUUUUCACCUGUUAGCAAUGAAAUAUUUGCAAAUUUAAAACAACUGAAUGCUGAAUAUGCACGAUAUGCCGUUUGGUUUCCUUAUCCAAAAUUAGCAGUCGCUGAACUUGAUCCUCCAUCGGGUUUUCAUCAAUGUAAUAAUGUUGGUGAAAAUUAUUCGAUACAUUUAUCCUGUGAACAAGGUGGCGGUGUAAUAAGUCAAAUUGAUUUUGCUUCAUUUGGAACUGCUGUUGGUGGUUGUGGUGCAAUGAAACAAGGCACAUGUCAUGCAGCAAAUAGUUCCGAUAUUAUUCAACGAGCAUGUGUUGGACAACAAAAAUGUAGCGUUACAGCAAGUGCUGAUCUUUUUGGUGACCCGUGUAUAAAUGUACCCAAACGAUUAUUAGUUCAAAUCCAAUGUAAUCCACCACAAAACAAUACCUAUUGGAAUUUUACCUAUAUGGAUCCUAUGCUAGAAGAUUUUCUUCAAGCAACUGAUGGUCAUUCACGUAUUGUUUCAUUUUCUACUCAACCUACUUGGCUCUUUGAACAAGAUACACCACAUAUCUAUCCAGAUAAUGCAACGUAUGUUGAUUGGGGAUAUCCAGUUGGAACAAAAUUUGUUGACGAUACAAUGCAAGCAUUGGGUGAUUAUUAUGGACGUCUUUUUGCUUGGUAUACACGUGCCGGCUUUAUAGAUGAAUAUGGUUUAAAACAUAAUUCUGGAUAUGAAUAUAAUUGGGAUUAUACAGAAAUAUUCAAUGAAGUUGAAGGAGAACAUCAAAUGACUGUGGAAUAUUAUACUCGAGCAUAUGAUGCAGUUAUUCAAGGUAUUCGACGACAUACAAAUAAUUAUGAUAUGAAAUAUGUAGGAAUGGCAUUAGAAAAUCAUAAUGAAUUUAAUUGGUAUCGAUACUUUUUGAAUCAUUCUAAUCAUGCAUCCGAUAUUCCGCUUGACAUGAUAUCGUAUCAUUUUUAUGCAAUAGGAAGUUCACGUAUUGAUCCUCCAAGUUGGGAAUCAUUUUUUACUCAACUUGAUACAUUUACAUUUGAAGUUGAGCAAAUUGAAGAAAUUCGAAAAAUUCUUUCACCAGAAACACGCACAACUAUUGAUGAAUUAGGUGUUAUUCUUCCUGAUGAUAAUAACCCAAAUGCACCAUUAUUUCCAUUAGUUUAUUGGAAUGCAGCUGCUGCACUCUAUGCUUAUGCAUGGGGGAAAAUAUCUCGACAGGGUAUUAAUGUAGUUGGACAUAGUCAACUUGUUGGCUAUCCAAAUUUACCUAAUCUUCAACUUCAACCUCAAUACCCAAGUGUUGCUUUGCUCAAUUGGACAACAGGUGAAGGAACCGCAAAAUAUUGGACAUCAAAAUUACUAAUUGAUACAGUUGAUAUUGAGAAUGAUCAAGCUGUUGUAACUCAAACAACCGAUAUUGGCAAUCAAAAUAUUUACAGUCAAGGCUUUGUUGGAAAAAAUAAUCGACGAUGGAUUUUAAUUAUCAAUAAACGAUAUGCAAAUGUAGAUAUAUUUUUGCCUGGUUGUACUGGUGGUCGAAUGCAGAUUAUUAAUGAAGCAUCGGGCUUUGGGCCAGCUACUGAGAUUACAUUAACAUUGAGUCGAAUAACAUUAACUCCAUUUGCUGUUGCUAUCGUUCAUAUGCCUGCUACGGAGAAUAUAUCUUAA